UCACACCUACGUCUCUUUAUCUGUACGGUUCUAAAGAGAUUGAGAAAGUGGUAAUAAUAAAAAAAAAAAAAACCAAAACAGACGCAAGGGGGCAAAAUCGGAAAAAAGCAUUCAAAAUGGCCGCCGUUAGUAGCUCGUCGGAGACCGGAGGCGGUGAGAAAGGAGAGAUCAUGUUGUUCGGAGUUAGAGUCGUGGUCGAUCCGAUGAGAAAGUGCGUGAGUUUGAACAAUCUCUCUGAUUACGAGAAGUCUUCUCCUCCGGAGGAAGAGAUCCCCAAGAUCGGAGACGGAGACGCCGCCGGUUACGCCUCCGCCAAUGACGCUGUCCAGAUUCCGUCGUCCUCCGGCGGAAACCGCGAGAGGAAACGAGGAAUAGCAUGGACAGAGGAUGAGCACAAGAUGUUCUUGCUUGGUCUGCAGAAAGUAGGCAAAGGAGAUUGGAAAGGGAUAUCUAGAAACUUUGUCAAGAGCAGGACGCCUACUCAGGUAGCUAGCCACGCUCAGAAGUACUUCCUCCGCCGGACCAAUCUCAACCGUCGCCGGAGAAGAUCUAGCCUUUUUGACAUCACAACCGAGACGGUUACAGGAAUGGUGCACAUGGAGCAAGAUCAUCAUGCUCAGGACAACUCAUUACUACCUGAGACUAACUUCAGCUCUGGACAUCAGGUUAUGCAAGUUUUCCCUGAAGUUGCAGUGCCGACAAGAACUGAGAAGGCACCACGGACGGUCCCAGUAACCUUCCAAGCAAAUCCUCCAUUCAAUCUAAACACAGAUGCUCCGCUUUCUCUCAACCUCUCUCUGUCCUUUAAUCUUAAUGAACAAUCCAACUCAAGACAUUCGGCUUUCACUAUGAUGCCAAGCUUCAGUGACGGAGACAGCAAUAGCAGCAUCAUCAGAGUUGCUUAGACCUAUAAAAGCCAAGGGGAUAAAAGAACAAUAACAACAGAGGAAGGGGCUUUAGAGAUGGACGAACUGUUGUUUAGGGGUUCUUCAUCAUCUAUGUUUUGUAUUGUUUGUAAAACUCUGCUCUGUGUGUGUGGUUUGUUUUGUGGUAUGUAAGUUAAAAGAAGUUGUGACUCUCAUGUGGCCCAUCUCAAUCAAUGGUUGGUUGGUGAUUUGUGGGGCUUUCUAUAUCUUAUCUUUUGGGAUAAGCUAAAAUGUAUGUAUGUGGUUCAUCGAAUAUCUUAUCAGGAUCACCUUUAAUUCCAUAAAUAA